GAUAAGUUGUAAAUGGACUGCCUGACUUAAACAUUGUGCCUUACCUCUGAUAUUUUAGUGGUUUGCAUACAUUAAAAAGCAACAAGAAGAAAUAAAAUGUGGAUACUGACACCCCUGGAGCCUGGAGGUGAGACCCACUAUCUCCUCUCCAGUAAAGAGUAUGUGGUAGGGCGCAAGAACUGUGACAUCCUCCUACCCAACGACCAGUCCAUCAGCAGGGCUCACGCUCAUCUCACUGCUACUGACCAGACGCUGACUUUAAAAGACACCUCCAAGUAUGGUUCAUUCGUCAACAGCCAGCAAUUGACAGAAAACACACCAGUGAACCUAAAGUCAGGAGACAAUGUAACAUUUGGGGUAUUUCACAGCAAAUUCAGUGUGGACCAUCAGAAGCCAGUGGUGUGUUCCUCAUGUUUGGACACUGAUGGCAAGGCGUUGCUCUCUCAGGCCCUGUUGGCUUUGGGGGGGAAGCUGGUCAACACCUGGACUCAGGAUUGCACCCACCUGGUCAUGCCUUCUGCUAAAGUCACCAUCAAGACUAUUUCUGCUCUGCUGUGCUGUCGUCCGAUUGUGAAGCCAGAGUUCUUCACAGAGCUCAGCAGAGCUGCUCAGCAAAAACUACCCCCCCCUAAAGCUGAGAGGUUCACCCCUGAGAUUGAUGAGCCCAGCUUGAGUACAGAGGAUGUUAACCUUGGAGCGAUUCCAUUUCGCAAACAGCUUUUCAGUGGAAAGACAUUCAUAUUUCUCAAUGCCAAACAACUCAAGCGCCUGAGUACAGCGGUGAAUUUUGGAGGUGGCAAGAGCCAGCUGCUUGAGGAGGGCUCUUUGCCCCGGGACCUGCUGGAGUCUCCACGCAGCUGUGUGGUCAAUGUUAUGACAGGCAGCUCCCAAGCUCUGCUUCCUCCCUCUACCACAGAGUGGGGAAACUCUGUGAAGAACAUUGUUCAAAGAAAAGGCCUCAGAGUCAUCACAGAGUCAGAAAUUGGUUUGGCUGCCAUCUAUGCUUCCUGUGAAAAGUACUGCAAUCCAUCCAGUCCAACACCAGACUCAGAUUCAGCACCAAAAGUGGAACCCAGAAUCCCGAGUGCUUCGCUGUCGCAGAGCGUGGCGGUGGAUGAGACUGUGUUACCUGCAGCAUCUCAGAACAUCACAGCUUAUGCAGUUAACACGGAGCCAUCACAAGGGAUAGAGCUUUGUGAAGGUACAGGGGUGAUGGCGGUCGGGGAGACUCCUGAGAGGAAGCAAAACCAGAACAGCAGUCAGCUCCGUGGAUCCAGACCCGUUGCUAAGAAGACGACCACUCAGAGCAUUGUGGCCGAUACAAUGAGCUCCUCAUUCAACACUGUAGGGAACACAGACUCCCAGAGGAAGAAGCCUGAGUCCCAACAAACAGUUUCAGGUGCAGGCAGUAGUGGCAUUAGGUCCGAGCCAGCCCUUCCCAGGGGCAAUGGUGGCAUGAAGACAUUUCAACACAAGCAAUCUCCUCAGAAACAAAAAAUCCCUGCACAAGCUUCCCCACAGAAACAAUCAACUCUGACCACAUUCUUCCAAACUGUCAACAAGAAAAGGCCUUUGGAGGAAGAGCUCUUCUCUGUCAUGUCAGAGCCAAAACGGCCUGCACUGGAAUCAUCCAUCAGCAUACAGACACCAAACACUUCAUCCACGUCUAAAGAAACAUCCUCACGUUCAGACCGAGCCCCUGUGGCAAUAUCCAAAACUUCACAUGGGUCAGCAGUUGAUCUGUUUGUAGGACGGUCAGAGGCUCAGUCAGACAGGGUCUCCCACGCUGUCCAGGAGGAGCCACGUAGUAGAAAGAGGAAGGAGAUGGAAGAAGAGAUACAAAUGGAUGAACUAGAGUCUCUUAUGUCUGAGGAAAUGGACUUCUUUGAUGAGCAACCGUCAGGGAAUCAAGGCCAGCAAGCACAGCUAUCAACGCUCAGUUCAACUGAACAGACACAAAGUUUAAACACUGUGGAGGCUUCGACAUCAAGCAAGAGGCAACGGGUCCACCUAGAAGAAAAUGUUAAGAACCAGAGGCCACAGGUGGGCCUGGAAAAAGAGAAGAAGCACAAAUCUGACCAGCAUGUCGUCACCAUCAAGACAGGGCAGGUUCAUCCUCCAGAAUACAAGACAACUAAGAAUGAGUCCAGCACACGUCCAUCUGCCAGUACCAGUAAAGACAUAGAGCCUUUUGAAGAUGAGGGGCCGUCUUUCAUUGAGGAUUUAGAGCUACUCCAAGUAGAUAUUUGCCAGCCUAAAGAAGAGACUAAGACCCUUCUGGAACCGGUUUCAAUUAAACAAGAGGUCCAAGUGUCAAAUAUUGAUGAAGAUAUUCCUAAAAAGCUGGUGUUAGUGGAGUUUAGAUCUCUCACUCUGACCGCCCCUCCCAAAACCAAACCACAGAGGAUGCAGAACAACGGCUACGCAAAGAACUUCAAAUGCUUCCGGAAGAUCCCUGUGCCAGGUGUAGAGGCCGAACCCCACAUCAUCGGAGGAUCUGAUCUACUGGUUCACAGCAGGGGCAAAAACUCUGAUCUUGAUGAAUGGCUGAAAGAUGCAGUGGAGGAGCAGCGUCAGAGCAGACGGGACGAGAGUGCUGGAGAUGACCUCUUUAGGUACAACCCCACCAAACUAACCAGGAGAAGAUGAAAUGCUUCAUCUCAACGUCCUACACAGGGAAUUAAUUUAAAAGGCACAGGAAGUAUGUCAAACUCAAUAAUCAAAGUACAAAAAAGACUUUGAUAGAAAACUCCUGAUAUCUGUGUUUCAACUAUAACUGCUUCAUAACUGCUUAAAUAAUCAGAAAUAUUUUUCAUUGUUUUGUAUUCCCAUUCUUCCUGUUCUUUCUAUCUAUGAAUGUAAGUGACGAAGCCACUGACAGCAAACAAUGUAACAAAACAGUCUCAUGUUCAAAGAUUUUUCUCAAGGUUUUAUUCGUCAAUAAUAAAAAAUGCGCCAUACAAAACAUUAAAAACUCUUCAGUUGUACAAGAGAGCAUUAAAACGCUACAUGCUGAAAGCAGCUUUUCCAUUGUUUUAGAAGUCAAGACCAAAUGUGUUCCCUGGUUUUAGCUGAACUAGAAACCUAAGAGGGAUUCCAGUUGGUGCUUCCUAAACAAUCUCCGAUGAGCCUACAGGCACUUUUACAGAUCUGAAACUGUUCAGAUAAGUCGUCGUCAUGCCAAGACAUUUAUGGACCAUUCUGUGCGGAGAGUUGAAGCCCGACUAUCUCUUCAUAUUCAAGGCAAGUGCUGCGUAAGAGUUGAGAUUGGACUCAGCAGUCGGCAUGAAUUGUGCCGUAACAAAAUUGGCAGCAGAGUGUCAAAAGGAAGCAGAUUGGCCUUUUUAGACAAUUAUUCUCUCUAAAUUGCCAUGCGAUUAUUUCGCUUAUUACUAAAUGAGUAAGGCAAAUUUUCUACCCAGUACUUGUAAGUUGCUUUCUAAAAUCCAUAAAAAUCUCUACUAAAAUGUUCCGAAUGUGGAUGGACACACAAUAAACCUGUUGGUGCUUCAAAAAGCAAGCAGAUUGCUCUUUGAGUUCAAAGUUGGGGACAGAAGUGUCCAACCUUGAUCAUAUUUAAAAUGUUCCUUUAAGUAAAUUCAAAGCAGUAAUAAUUAUUUAACUUAAAGAGUUUUCUCCACUUCUGAGUCACCCAGUCGCUGCAUCACUUAGACGUACUUUUCCUCACGUCUGUCUUAGCACUUUUCUGGCUUUUGCUCACAGCAGCUGCUGCUAGGCAAUAUUUCAUGCCUGCAUGCAUAUAUUUAAUAUUCAUAUCAAAACAAUACUCAGAAGUCAGUGAAAAAGCAUCAAUGAAUAAUUCAGCUAAAAUGUAAUAUUUAACACGAGAAACAACAUUUUUACUAGUUAACUGUUAUGAUUACCAAACGGAUUCAGUAAUGUGAUAAACUCCUAACUUAGUUAGUGGAAAAAGUAAUGUGACUACAGUAACUAGUUACUUUAGAAAUACAUUAACCCCCCCCUCAAACCCACACACCAGUAACUCUGAGUACCAUAUUGCAUUCAAGAAAUAAAUUCAUAGUUUCAUGUCACUAUAAACAAACCAUGAGUUGUGCAAUGAGCAGCACACAAACAUACUAUGCAUACUACAUCACACUCUUGCAGACAGUGUUUAAAUGACUGAAAGGAAGAAGAGAUUGCUACUAUCUCUGCUCACAACCUGUCAAAACCAUUAUUUGACACUUGAUCAAACAAUAUUGACUGUGUGUUGUGAAGCCGUACUUAAAAAUGGAAGUAGAGUUGGGCAUUAUGAAAAAGAAAAAUAUCUCCUUCUCAUUUUGAUGAUGUGAUUUGGGUAAUCAAACGCGUUGGUGUAUCUCAUAAAUAGUUAUGGGAGAAGUUUGGCUUGCAAUUUCUAUGUAGUGUUACGUAAAUAAAGUUGUGUACCAUGUUUCGCAAUAUUAAGAGAAACAUGAUAUUACUACAGUGAUGGACAAUAACUAAUUGACAUAUUGCCCAGUCAUGCACACAGGUAGAUUGAAUAGUUGAUAGAUUGAGUUUAGCUGUUAGCCUUCAUGGGAAAAGCUACAAUAAUGCUAAAUAAUGACACGUUAUCAUAAAAAUACAUAGAGGAUGUUAAGAUUUGGUUUGCUAAAACUAUAAAAAGUAAAUAAUUAAGAUGUUAUGAUUGUAAAAAGCCUGUUCUCUACAUGUGCAUCUAUAUUGGUUUAGAUUUAGAUGAGCUGCCACUACAGGGCAAAAUCAAGAUGACGUAAAAAUGUGUACAUUGCGGGUUUAGAUAAAUGGAUUGUGAAGGCAAGAAUUUGUGUUGAAUAUGAAGAGAAUAUGUUGUAAUUGAUCUAAUUGUCAAUUGUUAAUUUAAAGUACCACACUGGGGUUUCCUGUUUCUUUUAAGAACCCUCUCAGUAAACACAAUGCCAUCUUUAUUUUUUCUAAAUGUAUUAUUAUGGAGUUAUGGAGAAUUAAAAGCAUAUGUUCAUUUGAUGAGAAGUUUGCAUGUCUCAGAAUUUAAAGUUGGCUGCCAAAUGGGAAAAUUUAAAAAAAGCAAGCAUUGCCAUCGGUGAAAAGGUCGAUGUGCAUUUAGUUGUCUGUUGUGGCACAAAAUUUGCUUUUGUUCUGAAUGUAAAACUAAAGAAAACUUUGAAUUAAAGCCAGGAUUUUCAUUGUUCAACGGAGUACCAUCUGAAGAUGUUCAUAAUG